UUGAUUGUUACUGUGUCAAAUAGAUUAAUAGAAUUCAUGGGUUUUUUGUUGCUUUUAUUUAUGAUUGCCUUUUGGUUACGUAUAAUACACCACUCUUCAUCACGGGACGUCAGCAAUCAUUUCACUAACAAGCAUACACAGAUUUCGUGGCUGUCUACGAAGAUGCUAACUAAUUAUGAUUGGUGAUUAAAGAAGAGUCGGAGACUUGUGGCACUAUGGCAGAAAGUGAAGAAAACAUAGAUUCACCAACAACUGAAGGCUACCCAAAACAUCCCAUUCCAAAGGAGCAUCGCUCUCUUGAUUACCUUCUGUCCCAGAUUCCACGCAGAGCUCAGAAAGGAUUUUUGUCAAAUUGCGAUUUGAUUUUAAAAUGUGUUGAUGCCAAUUCAGAGUACAUCGCCCUUGGUACAAAUGUUGGAGUGGUAUAUUUGUUUGACAGGAAAAAGGAGUUGAUAGAAAGAUUGAAAACACAUUCCAACAGUGAUGUCAUCACCUCAGUUGCUUUGCACAAUGGGCUUGAAAAUCAGGUUGCCAUAGGAACUGAGAAGGGGGCUGUUUAUAUUUUCCAGCUCCCAUCCCUUAUUCCAGGCCAAAACAAGAAGCUUCAGCAGUUUGUUGUACAAGGAGUACACAAGGCUCAAAUUAAAUGUACAAGAUGGAGUUUGAAUGGAAUGAAGCUCUACUCUGGAGAUGAUCAAGGGUUGGUUGUCUGCACAGAAUUCGACACCUACCAGGGACAAUGUAAAUCCUCUGUGGUGUUGACAGAGGUGGGGUCCAGUAUUGUGCAGUUGGACCAUGGACACAAAUCCCUUCUGGUGUCUACAAAACAGAGGACCCUGAUAUACAGGACAGAUGAAACCACAGUCCAAGUGGGACAGAAAGACAGAAAAGUUGCUGGCCCAUUUGGAGCAUGUUUCAUUCCAGCCAUGUGCAAACCAGAGGAUGCUCAACUUUAUGCUUGUCGACCUGGUGCACGAAUCUGGAAAGCUGGCAUGUGUGGAACAGUCAGCAACACUUUCCUUUUCAAAGAACUUAUCAAUUCUACUCACUCAGAAAUCCAGUUGCUGUUCAAGAAUGGGAUACCAGCGACGAGAGUCUCGGACCAUCAGUUUGGGCCAUUGAUGCUGUAUAUGGAGAAGUACCUUGUGACAUGGAACGAGUCCUCGCUCUAUGUGUUAAGUCCAGAAGACAAUUCUGUGGUGGGAAGUCAACGGGCUCUCGGAGCAGUGGUAGAUGUAGCUGUCACUGAGGAUGAAAUUUUUAUUUUGAGAAAAAAUAAUGAAAGAAAUCUUAUCAGGAUAGCUGUUUAUCCAGAAAAAAAGGGAGAAUCUCUAUAUCAUAAACUGUUGCAUGAGAAGGAAAAAUACGCCUUAAUGCGGCAAUCUGCACCACCCAUAGAAUCUGCAGUUCAUGUUCACAACAUUCAACAGUCUAGUCAACAACCUAAUUCACCAUUAGAUUUCAUUCAAUCAAAAUUAAAAUCUCUAGAGGUAACAGGGGGCUCAAUGAAAUCUGGAAUUGAGCAUCUUCUGUCAUCUAUGGAUCAUUUAGAGGAUUCUGUCGAGAUAACUGAGCAUGAGAUCGAUCAUCGAGAUCAUCCUCAUGCUCAGCCUCCUCAGGAUCUUCCCCCUGUGAUAAAACAAGAAACAGAACUCCAUGAAAAACUGCCUCCAGUUAUAAAGCUGGCAACUCCAGAUUUACUGACUGUAGAAAUUUUCACUGAUAAUACAGCUUCUAGUCAGAAGGACGAUGAUAAGGACAAAGAUGUGAAAAUGUCUGGUCCCCCAACAACACGCUUUAACCCCUUUCUGAAAGAGGAUUUAGAGACUGACUCUGUACCCAUAUCUGAUUCACAUUGUGAUUAUUCUCGUGACCAGUAUUCUGUUGAAUCAGCAGAUAAACUAAUACCUAGGGGGCCAUCAGGAGUCCAACCUCUUAUGACCAAAGACAGCAGUGCAAACCAUAACAGUCCAUUACCAAGUGGUACAAUUACAGAAGAGAGAUUAUUGUCUGUGGUUGGUGAUGAUGACAUUGUGUUCAAUUCUAAACAUAAAAAGCACAAGAAAAAGAAAAAAGGAUUGAAAGGUGAUAGGGAUUCUACUCAUACUUCGUAUCAUGAUCAGUUUAAAGACCAACAACAGGAUGGCCCAGAGGACAAUAUUUCCAUAAAAAGUGGUGACACAAUCUCCAUCCAUAGUGACAUCAGUGAAGGUCCAUACUCCACAGAGGAAAUUCGGGAGAAUCAGAAAUUCAAGAAUAUCAUUGAUGCUGAAGGCGAAAAAGUGAAGAAAAUGUGUAGUAGAGAGUCCUCUCCAGCACGAAAAGGGCAACAGAGUACAGACAAAUUGUCUGAAGCCACUCUUGUACAUGGAUUGCAAAGUCUGCCUCAUGAUUACUUAUCUAAAAGUUUAGAAGCAUUUGAGAAAGAGUUGACAAAAAUGGACACAAGUAGUGCUCAUGAAUUGGAAAAUAGGGAUCCUUUGUUUCAUUCAGAGGAGACUGAGAAAUCCAUUGAAAAGACCAUAACUGCCGAGAAUGAGAAAGCAAUUUCAAAAAGUUCCAGUAAUGAUUUACAUGCACCUGAUGAAUCAACCAAGAAGUCUGAAGAAACUAUGUCAAAAAACAGUGCUUCCAACACAGAAAUCUGGAAGAGUUCAUUAAGAGAAGGAGAGAAUCCUUCUCAAGAAAAAUUGGAUUUGUCAUCACCUGUCUCCAAUGGCUCCUCUGAAAAUUCUCUUCUAAAAUCUCCAGAUCAGAAAGUUAAAGAUCUGUUGUCACCUCUAGAGUCACCAGCAGAUGACUUCUACAAUAUGUACAUUUCCAGUACAAGUAUGACCUCACAGAAGGAUGUCAAAUACCACCCACUUCUGCCAUCAUCCACAGAAGAUGAAGCACCUGAAGAAAAUGAAACAGUCCUCUCAACAAAGGAAAGCGAGGAAGAGGAACCCUCAUACAAAGUACUCAACAACUGGACAGAAAUAUUCACCAAUGGUAACCUCUCUUGUCUGUGCCUGACAGACACACAUAUCUGGCAUGUGGAUAGAAGUGCUAAUUUAUGGCAGUGCAGUCUGAGCAGUCCAGGACUGAAGUGGCAAAAAGCAAAUGGCUUUGCCAAGAUGAUAGCUGUAUCGCGAUCUGGGAACAUUGUGUGGAGGCUGUAUAAAGAAACAGUUUAUGCUGGAACUAAGAUAACAGCCAAACAUCCAGAGGGUCUGAAGUGGAUAGAGGCAAUCAGAGAGGUGCAGUAUAUUUCUGUGGACGAGACUGUGGCAUGGUACCUUAAAACAAAUGGUGAGGUGGUAAUGCAGAAGGGUUUAUCUAAGGAUCGGCCAUGUUUUAAGGCAGUGAAGAUUGCAUGUGAACACAAAUUGACCCAGAUUGUCUGUUACAGAGGUGUAGUCUUAGGGUUGACUGAUCAGUGUCAGCUCGUGUACAGGGAUGGGAUAAGCAAAGACUGUUUGGAAGGAAAGAGUUGGAAAUUGAUAAAAUGUAAGUCCUCACAGGAAAUGCUCUUCAAUGCAAUAUCCUUUGGUGUGGAUUGCAUUUUAUGGGCAUUAGAUGUCUUGGGCAGAAUAUGGUUUACUACUGGUUUUGCCAUGGAAACCCCAACUGGUGAUGGAAAGUGGUGGGAGGUGCCAGUAAGUGAAAUAGUAGUGAAGGAUGUCUCUGGAAUAGAUGCUCUAAGAUCUCUGGCCCAGAAGUUUGACCCACAGAAACUUGCUUCCCUGAUAAGUUCCCAGAAUGGGGGACUAAUCACAGCUGGUAAAGUAGGGGUGUGGGUGUGUCCCGAGUUCAAGAAUAUGAUCCAGGUCUGCCGAGGAGUUGUUCAAGGACAUCUAUGGGAAACAGUUGAAAUUCCUGGGAUUGUGUCGUCUGUUAUAUGGAAGUUUGUGUCAGCUCAGACUAGCAAUGAAGGACUAAUCUGGGCAAUGCAGCCCAAUGGAGACAUCUACACUUAUGCUGCAAGCCAGGAUAAAUGCAGCAUGGUGCAGUGCCCAUCCUACAGGAGAAAUGUUCUCUGUCUAAGUUCAUGUAGGGAUGCUGUGUGGGUCCUCACCGAGGACAAUGAAAUAUUCAUACGCAGUGGAAUUAGGCCAAAUAAUCCACAGGGUGUUGACUGGUGCAAACUGGACCUAUCACAAUUAGGUGAUGCAGUCCUGACGUCUGUCAGUUGUGGGACGAUUAAUGUGUGGGCAGUGGACACUAAGGGAGUUGUGUACCAAAGAAUAGGGGUCAAGGCUCCGACCUCUCACUCUCUCAAUGCUGCCUGGCUUCCAGUGGACAUGGGAAAACAGUCCUCUACAGUUUUUACACACAUUGCUACAGGACCCAAGGAUUUCAUGGUAUGGGUCAUUGAUAAUCGGCGUCAAAUUUAUGCUAGAAAGGGAGUUACAGAAGACAUGCCAAUUGGAGAAGAGUGGGUUCAUGUACCAGGAACUUUGGCUACUCAGUUGACGGUGUCAGAUAAGUGUGUGUGGGCACUAAAUCCCAGUGGGGAAAUCCUUUGUCGCUAUGGCAUCUCUAUGAAAAACCCUACUGGAGAUUACUGGCGAAAAGUCCCAGGAGUGUUUUAUCAAAUAUCAGUGAGCAAUUCAGACCAGAUGUGGGCAGUGAGUCAGGAAGGACAACUCUAUCGAAGAUUCACCAAGUAUUUAAAUAAGAACUAUGCAUCUGACCUGGAUAAACUUUUGCCCAAGAGGAGUUCAGUUAGCAUAUCUAGUGAUGAAGGAUGGGAAUUAUUAUAGUAACAAUACUUUAUUCCAGGAAAUUUUCAUGUAGUCAAAAAUUUUGGUGAUGCAGUAUGGACAACACUUUUUUCAAAUCUUUAUUUCUUUUUUAUAAUGACAUAAUUUAGAAAUAUUUGAGAGUAAUUUUAAACUAAGUAAAUUACAUUUAUUUUGAUCUUUGUUGGGGGGGGGGGGUGUAACACCAAGCAAAAUACCUAUGUAUAGUAUUAGUAUUGUUUAUUACCAAAAACCUGAAGUGUACUACUACACCAAAUGAACCAUUCUGUACUUGACUAGAAUUAUGCCAUUCCCACACCAAAUCAUUUCAUUCAAACUGUUCAGCAUUCCAUUUUCCUCAGGCCCAAAUGUUCUCAUCUAAAACCGUUUGUUCUCGAUAUACUGUCCAUUUCCUUAAAUCUUUCAUUCCUGCAGGAUCACUCAGAACUCAGACAGUGAGUCAGUGUAGAACAAGAUGGAGCUUGGUCAGGGGGGAAGAAGACUAUUGCUCUUCAUUUGGGAAUGUGUUUUGAAGUUUGUAGAAAUGUUAUUUGUGUACCUACUCUAAAAACAAGGAUAACUUUCUGGAGAAAAACGAUAUUGGAAAAGGGUUUUGAAUUUUAAAACAAAAAUAAUUUUUGUUGAUGAAAAACAUGAGAAAUUCCUGUAGCAUGAGAUUUUUACUGGAGUGGUCACAAAAGGGGUCUCAAAACAAAUAAAUUUUUGAUUACAUGUAUAUGCCCAGUUUAAGUGCAUUCAAUUCUUGAUUGAUAUACAUAUGAAUUGUUUUGGUGAAAUUGGUGGAAAAUUAAAAUGAAUUAUUUGCUUUUUAUAAUCUUGAACUGCUGUUGUCGUCAGGUGCAAGGGUGACAUGAGUUGCUAAAGCUACUUACAAAUGAGCAGACAUAGAGUCCACCUUAGGUCCUUGUCUCGGGUGAAACUGGUUUCCUUGAUAUCCCUCUCUGCAUCUCCGAAGUACCCUGCUCUGUAUCUCUGAGUGUACCCCUCUCUGUAUCUGCGAGUGUACCCCUCUCUGUAUCUCCGAGUGUACCCCUCUCUGUAUCUCUGAGCUACCCCUCUCUGUAUCUGCGAGUGUAUCCCUCUCUGUAUCUGCGAGUGUACCCCUCUCUGUAUCUCCGAGUGUACCCCUCUCUGUAUCUCUGAGCUACCCCUCUCUGUAUCUGCGAGUGUACCCCUCUCUGUAUCUGCGAGUGUACCCCUCUCUGUAUCUCGAGUGUACCCCUCUCUGUAUCUGCGAGUGUACCCCUCUCUGUAUCUGCGAGUGUAUCCCUCUCUGUAUCUGCGAGUGUACCCCUCUCUGUAUCUGCGAGUGUACCCCUCUCUGUAUCUCUGAGUGUACCCCUCUCUGUAUCUGCGAGUGUAUCCCUCUCUGUAUCUCUGAGUGUACCCCUCUCUGUAUCUGCGAGUGUAUCCCUCUCUGUAUCUGCGAGUGUACCCCUCUCUGUAUCUCUGAGUGUACCCCUCUCUGUAUCUGCGAGUGUAUCCCUCUCUGUAUCUGCGAGUGUACCCCUCUCUGUAUCUGCGAGUGUAUCCCUCUCUGUAUCUGCGAGUGUACCCCUCUCUGUAUCUGCGAGUGUACCCCUCUCUGUAUCUGCGAGUGUACCCCUCUCUGUAUCUCUGAGUGUACCCCUCUCUGUAUCUGCGAGUGUACCCCUCUCUGUAUCUCUGAGUGUACCCCUCUCUGUAUCUGCGAGUGUACCCCUCUCUGUAUCUCUGAGUGUACCCCUCUCUGUAUCUCUGAGUGUACCCCUCUCUGUAUCUGCGAGUGUACCCCUCUCUGUAUCUGCGAGUGUAUCCCUCUCUGUAUCUCUGAGUGUACCCCUCUCUGUAUCUGCGAGUGUAUCCCUCUCUGUAUCUGCGAGUGUACCCCUCUCUGUAUCUGCGAGUGUAUCCCUCUCUGUAUCUGCGAGUGUACCCCUCUCUGUAUCUCCGAGUGUACCCCUCUAUGCAUCUCCGAGUGUUAAAUCGGAUCUUACCUGAGUGGUUGUACUGAAUGGAUACCAUUACAUGUACCAUCAAUUCAGUUACUAUGAAUAUUGAUACAAUGUGGAUACUCCCUUACUGAAUUAAAACACAAAGUACAGUGUGCCAUGGAAUUACAUGUACUAUAUUUUAUUUUAGGAAAUAUAUAAUUUUAGAUCAAUAAAGACACUUGUACACAGUUUAAUGAGCUAUAUAUAAUACAAUUAUGAACCAUUAAAGUUCUCAAGAAAUAAGGUGCAAACUGACUUAUUCUUUAAAUAUUUCUAUAGCAACUGAAUGGAAAAAAAUAUUUCAAAUCUAUGUCAACUAACAGCUGUUAUUUCAUUGUUUAUGGGGAUGAUUUUAUUAAGAUUGGACCUGGAAUCACCUCAGCAGAAUUUUUAUGAUAGAGCCAUUUUGUAUGAAUUAUAGUACAUAGGUUAAAAAGCAUAUAUUUUCAAGUGAACUUCAAGUCUUAUACUCAUGAUUGUUAAUGCUUUAUUUUAUUUUCAUCCCCAUUCCAUCAGAUUUAUAAAAAUAGUAACAUUUUCUUAAAAAUUAUUUGGUAAAACUUAAAUAAUUAAGCCAAGAACCCCCCCCCCCCCCCCCCCCUCCCCUUCUCACAAUGUUUCUAUGUAAAAAGUGCCAAGAGUCUAAAGUGCAGAAUUUGAAGUUGAGGCCAAACCAUUCAUUCCUAUUUUGGCCCAAAGCAUUCCAUUUUUGACCCAAACUGUACAUUCUCUAUCUUCACAUUUUCGUUCUUGAUAAGAACUGUUGCGUUCUCGCCGAGAACCAUUCCAUUCUAACUAUUCAGCAUUCACUUCCCAAUCAAAACAGUUUGUUCCCAAAUCAUUCAUUGUUCAUUCACCAUUUCAAUGAUGUAGUAAUAUGCUUUAGAGUCAGUAUUUAUGCAGGUCAUGUGUUGAAAUAGCCUUCAAAAAUUUAUUGCAGCCAUGUUCCACACUUUAGUGUGAUUAUGGUUUUUUAAAAAAAUGAUUUAAUAUGGUAAAAAUUGAACUGCAUUCGAAAAUUUAUUUGUGUUAAUAUAUUUACUAAUGCAAUUCCACAAUACAUAUUGGGUUUUUGUUUUGUACAAUAUAACUCAGUAUGAAGUACCAGCUCAGUUGUUUGUCGUGUGAUCUUGCCCCUGGGUCAAUAAAACUGAGAUGAGUUCACUUCUGAUUUAUCAAAAUCUUACUUGAUAAUGUAGAUUAAAACUGAGGUCAUUAUGGUUGUGUAGUCCUGGAGUCUGUUGAAAAGUUUACAAGGAAGACAUUUCCACUCUUGUUUUAAGUAUAUUCUGGGGAUUCAAGCUCUGUUUUUCAUUUCUAGUCAAAGGUUAGGUUUAAGGCAUACAUACCAUUGUGUUACAUGUAGAAGAUUCAUGUAAGUUCACUAUUCCUUUUUCCCAGAAAUGAAUGAAGUUUCUUGUUUUUCAUGGACAUGUAAAUAUAUGAUAAUACAUGUAUGAAAUAAUUAUUCCUUCAGUUUUUGUGAUACCUUUAUUUUGAUUAUGCUUGAAAACUGGUAUUUAUCAUACAAGCAUAUCAAAAUUCGGAAAUUUUUUUUAGCCCUUUAUCAAUGGUACAAUAUUACAUAAUGAUGGCCAAUGGUUUAAUUGCAUGUUAAUUUUCCCCAUCAAUGAAAUAAACAUAUACAAACUGAUAUUAAUAUAUAUACACUAUAUAAUAUGUAUAACAGUGUGACUGUUGGACCGAGUGGCAUAAAAUGUUUAUUGGCGUGUCCCUAGUGAUAACUGUAUUCAGUAAAGUACAAUAAAUUUGAAAUAGAAAUAUUCGCUCACUUUUACAUAUUUAAGAAAUUCCUCUGGCACUAAAUGCCCAGUGACAUUAAAGGGACUGCUUCACGAUUUUUGAUAAAAAUAUUUUUCAGUUUUGAUGUUAAACAUUAGAAAUAUAACUCAUUUAAUGUUGACAGCCAAAAUUUUGACCUUCUGAAUGCAUGAAUGAAAGCAAUAUUUUAGCCUUAAAUAUGUGUUAUGUAAACAAAGACUCCAGUCUUUUUAUGUAAACAAACAAGUGAAAUAUUGACUUUGUAAUAUAAUGCAUCUUAAUUUUGCAUAGUCACAAAUUUUAACUUUUAGAUGACAAAUUUCACCCCAAAAAUGCUUGAAAAAUUAAAGAUAUAAUACUUAGAUUGAUAUCCAUUUCUUUUGAAAAUUCCGUAAACAAUAACAUAUCGCAAUUUUUUUUUUACAAAACAAAUAAUAAACUCUCUAAAAUGAGCUUCUGUGAUGAUGUAUAACCUUAAUUUUCAUGUGAAAUCUUUCAAACACAUUAGGCAGUAGAUUUUGAUCAUUAAAAGUGAACAACAAAAUUUUGGGUAAAAUCGUGAAUCAGUCCCUUUAAAAUAUUACCUUAAAGAUUUUUUGUGUUGGCUUUUAAGUGCCAGUUGAGGCUUGAGGGGAUGCUAAAGCAUGACUGUGAUGUUACAGUUUGAGAUUGCUUGUUUAAAUGUAGCGGUACAUUUGCAUAUGGACGAUCAAAAUAUAUUUUACAUCUUGCAACACGACUUAUUGCAUUUGUUCCACCUAAUCAUUUAAUGUGGGAAAUAUAAAUAAUGCAGUGGACGUUAACAAUUUUAUUCAAACUAUAUUUUAUUCACAAAGUGAAUGGGAUCGGGCAGCAGGCAUUGCCUAUUUUAGCCCUCUCCCUAACAAUGCAUUGUGAUUUCAUAUCAACACAACUAGUACGAUUGAAGGUAUGAGGAAACUUAAAUUGUCUGCUUAUCAAAAAUGUUUGGUACUUUCCAAACAAUUCGUUUAUUUUAUCUACAGGUUUUUCAAUAAAGUACCACAGUUUUAUAUUUUUAUUCAUAAAAACUCAUGAACUCUUUCAUCUAUUUAGUCCUAUUACUGUUUUUCUAUAUAAAGAUUUGUUAAAAGCUGUGUUACAAUGAUGAUUAUACAAUUCAUUUUGAAAAAAAUGAGUAUUUGAAUACACAAAUUGUGAGUCACAGUGUUGUAAUUUUGGUAAUCAAAUUUAUCACCUGAAUAACUGUUGAAGCAACUUAUGAAUCAAUUAUUCAGAACCCCUUGUGUGGCUCCAUACAAAUUAAAACAGAGACCGAUGUGGAUACUGAUAGUUCAAUAAAAUGGUGGUGCCCAUACGGCUCACAAAAUUUUCAGUGAACGUUUGUAGCGAUUAUAUCUAUUCGUUUGCCAAUUUUGUCUUUCACAUACAUGUUACGUUUAGAGCCUUGCUUUGUGGAUGAGCCUUUGGCCCAUCUGAGCUUUGCUCGGUAUUACAGGCAUUGUUAUAUUUAUGUAAGAAAAAAGUGUGUUUAUUCAGUUUAAAAUAGACCUAUAUACUGAUACCUAUAUUCUUGUCUCUUUUUCAAAAACUACUUUAUGUAUAUUGAUUUUUCAGAUUAAGGCAAAGUAUUGUGUUAAAAUUUAAUUUCAACCAUAAGGUGAAGGGUUGAGGUCAUCCAAAUCAAUGAGGACCCACUGUAUAGUGAUUGAAAUUGUAUAUUUUUAAAACAUGUACAUGUAUAAUAACAUUUCAAUUUUUUUUCUCCAUAUUUUCCAGACUGGUUUCUUAUAAGAAUUUAUUUUUCCUUUGAAAAUGAAAUAUAGGUACAUAUUCACAUACCAGUUUGUAUUUACAUGUACAUUAGUAAUUAAAUGUGUCAGUAUUGUAUUUCUUUCUGAAGGACACAUGAUGUAACAAUGCCUUCCAAUAUUGUUUUCUUUCCAUGUGUACUCCAGUCCGUGUACAGCGUUGGGACCAAUGUUUGCUUUGUGCUUGAAUUCAAAUUAUCCCUUUUCUGGACUUCUCUAGUAGUAUUUAUUCAAAUUAGUUAUUGUAUUUGUGAAAACAUUAUUUUACUAUUGUUAUGAAAUAAAUUGCUAUCAUACAAACUUCAAA